AUGCCUGUCGAAUACGGCCUUUACAAUAACCCUGACUGGGACCCUGAAGAGGGCUCCCGCCAGGAAGCUGGAGCACAGCACCCUCCGGCUAGUCAGCUUGCUCUAGAAGACCUAGAUGAAAAGUCGGAGGGUGGUGCCCCAGAGCCAGCCUCGAUGGUGGCAUGGGAAGGGGAAUCCCAACGUCCGAUGUCUGAGGCGUUGGUAGAGAGUAGCCGCCAGGAAGCAGAGCUUAGCGAGCUCUCUGAACGAUUACAUAGUGUCGACAUAUUCGUGAGACUUACGGUCACGGACCUUGGCACCCUCUACAUAAGGAACAUGCUACUAGAAAUUAUCAAGAAGCUAUUUCUUGUAGAGGGCGAUAUGUCGAUAUAUCGCCUACAAGACCUCGCGGAGACUGUCACAUACGAGGAAUUUGACAACUUCCCCGUACCGGCAGAAUAUUGGUAUCCCAUCCGACACGUCGCAAUCUAUAUCGCGGAAGAUGAAUCACCCUUGUACGAUACAUCUUUGUAUUUCGCGGUUCUGCUUACCCAGCCAGAGAACAGGUGGCUUCGCGCUAGAUGGAGUACAGCUUUCGUGCUUGCAUACGGAAGAACCAUCUACGACGUCACUGGUGCUCGGCCGGAGGACAUGUUGGUGUGA